AUGCUGACCGCGCUCGCGCUGCCAGCCCUGCCCCGGCUCCGGCCGCGGCUUCCCGCCCCUGCGCGGCGCCAGGACUCCUCGGGUUCGUCCAGCUCCUACCACACGGCCCCGGGUUCUCCAGAGCCCCCGGACUCAGGACCGGACGCAGAAGGCCGGGCGAGCUGGCCCUGGGUGGCCCCUGGGCAGGGGGCGGGCGCGCAGCCUCGCCUGUCCGUCAGCGCCCAGAAUAGCCGCCAGCAGCCCUGGGCCGGCUCGGGUUUCCCGCGAGGCCCGGGCUCCGGCCCGCGGCCACCCCAGCCCCAGCUGCGCAUGCUGCCGUCGGGGGAGAUGGAAGUCAUCUUCAGCACCGGACCCCUGUUUGGCCGUUCGGACGGGGAGGAUCGUGAGGUGCAACAGCUUACGGCCCCCGCUUGCAGCAACCUCUCGCCGCCGCGGCCAUCGCCUCCCGUCCUGGCCUCCCCACAGCCGCAGGCCCCCGACGGUGCCGCCCGCUGGGCCACCUACCUGGAACUGCAACCCCGUGGGCCGAGUCCUGCCUCCUCGGCGCAGUUCGAGUGCGUGGAGGUGGCACUGGAAGAGCGUACAGCGCCCGUCAGGAAUCGGACGGUGCCCAAGCGUCAGAUCGAGCUGCGCGCCCGGCCCCGGAGUCCCCCGCAGGCGACCGGCGCCCCGCGCCCUCGGCUGCUCCUGCGCACCGGCUCCCUGGAUGAGUCUCUGGGCCGCCUGCAGGCAGCUGCAAGCCUCGUGCAGACGGCGCUGGCCAGAAAACUGAGCCCCGCGGCCCCGGCCCCGGCCCCGCGCAGCGCCACCUUUGGGCCCACAGUGCGCCCAGAACCUGCUGCUCGAGAAACGGUCCGCAGCAGUCGCGUGGUCCCGGAGGAGGCCAGGUCUCGGCCGCCCCGCGCACAGGACAGUUCGGCUGCCGCCAGAGCCCCACGGCCUUGGCCCAGUCUCCGCGAACGCGCGAUUAGGCGCGACAAGCCCGCGCCCGGGACCGAGCCGCUCGGCCCCGUUAGUUCCAGCAUCUUCCUGCAGUCGGAGGAGAAGAGCCAAGAGGUUCGCAACCAGGGGCCCAAGACUCGGUUCUCCCAGGGGACUCCGGGUCAGACCGUCCCAAGGGCACGGAGUCCGCCUUUCGAGUCCAGGGCCCCCUGGGAGGUUCCGAGCAGGGCUGUGAGGCCCAGAAGCCCCUCCCCUCCGUGGCAGGCUCCAAAUGGGGCGGUGCGGGGUCCUCGCUGCCGGUCCCCCCAGAGCCUGUCCGCGCGGGAUCACACUGUUCGCAGGGUGAGUAGCCCGUCGUUCCCCGAAGCAUCCUCUGCGGCGGAAAACCGGGAUCCAGCAGUCGAGGAAACGGUGAGCAGGAGGAACCUUAGCCCUCCGGCCCCUUCCCCGCUCAGUCAGGGGGGUGCCAGAGCACGGAGCCCGUCCCCCGAAGCGCCUUUCCCUUGGGAAGCUGCACAUCCAGCCAUCGGGGACGCCCUGGAGCGGGGUAGGAGCCCGUCCCCGUCGGCCUCAUGCCCACGGGGGGCUCCGGAUCGUCCUGCUGGAACGUGGAGCCCGUCACCCCAAGAAAUAUGGGAUCCCGCAGGGCGAGGCUCCCCCGCAGGAUUUGCACGCGGAGCUCUGAAUGGUGAAGCUCGUGAGGAGGCCGCGCCGCACACGCCAUCCGCACCCGGGACUCCAGAACCACCAGACGCGCAGAGUCGGUCCACGCGGGAGAUUCCGGAUCUUGACUUCCCAGGCUGUCAGCUGUCGCCAGAGGUGGCUGCAUUCGAACUGUCCCGCGGUCACCUCGUGGGCACCCCGGACGCCGCCGCGCGCCCAGAAGCUUCGAGUCCUGGAGAAGCAGCCUUGGAGCGACCGCGCGUGACCAUUCCGCGGCCCCGGGACGUGCGCAAGAUAGUGAAGACUACGUACGCGCCCAGCUUCCCCGCGGCGGGCCCAGCCUCAGCGCCACCUGCUCCUCCCGCCGGACCCUGCUCGGAGGAGGGCGCCGCACCGCAGACGCACGAGCUCCAGGCGCUGGGGGCCUCCGCCCCGGCUCACUACACUUCGGUUUUUCUCAAGGACUUUCUGCCAGUCGUGCCGCACCCCUAUGAGCCCCCAGAGCUGCCCCUCGACACGGUCCCCCGCGAAGCCCCGCAGCCCAACGGGGCCCCGCGGCGGCGGGCGGAAAACAGCACGGCGAAACCCUUCGCGCGCACCGAGAUCCGCCUGCCUGGCGCUCUGGCCUUGGGCCGUCGGCCGGAGGGAACCUCGGCGGUGCGAGUGCGCGGUCCCGACGGACAGAGCCGGGGCGUCGAGGCCCAGCGCCUCGUCCCCGACGGCGGGGGUCGGACCAGCCCUCCAGCGGGCGUUCGCACCUCACCCCCGCGGUCCCCUGUGGGGCCCUGCCUCGACUCCCCUCAGGGGCACCCCAACUCCAGUCCUGGGGCGGCGCCGCCGGCGGACCCCGAACCCGCGGCCGCUGCCCCGGCGCCGCCCCCGCCCGAGGCGCGGGCUCCGGCCGGAAGGACGGCCCCGCGCCAGCCCCGCGCCGCCUCCGCGCCGCCCACGGACCGCUCCCUGCAGUGCGCCUCUCAGGCGAUGCGCAAGCUCCCGGCGGCAGCGCAGCCGGGCAAGGUCCUGGUGGACCCGGAGAGCGGUCGCUACUACGUCGUGGAGGCUCCGCGGCAGCCGAGGCUGCGGCUGCUCUUCGACCCCGAGAGCGGGCAGUACGUGGAGGUGCUGCUGCCGCCGUCGUCGCCGGCGCCGCCCCGCCACGUCUAUGCCCCGAUGGCCCUGGGACCCGGCUUCUAUCCGCCCGCCUACGGGCCUAUCCCCGGCUUCUCGCUGCCGCCGUCCCCCGGCCCGCCAGCCCUCAGCAGCCCCCAGCUUCCCUGGGCCUCGGAGCCCGGACUCCUGGACGGGCUAUACCACCUGGCGCCGAGCGGGACCCCCAGCCCCGCCGCGCCGCUGCUCCUCUGCGCCCCGCCCCCCAGCUCGGGGCCAGCCCAGCUAGGCAAGGGCACCUUGUUCCCGUUGUGAAGCCCACGGGGCUGCCGCCCGCAGACGGCCUUGGGCGCUCUGGAGUCCUAAGCCCUGCCCCACCAGACCUCAGACCGGAAGUGGCCUUCAGAGGGGGUAUCCAAGACCCCUGGGCUGAUGGAGCUCGGGAGUGGCUGUCUACUCCUCCCCUCCCCUGCCCUUUCCCAGGCGUUCCCAGGGCGUGGUGUGUUUGUGUAUGUGUGUAUGCAGGCAAGCAAAUACUUAACAAGCGAAGGGUCUUAGGAGCCGACUGGAGGAGGUACCGGGCCUCCCCUGGCGCAGCAGGGCACAAGGCUGCUCCCAGAGAUGGCGAGCUGUCUCCCUGCAGGCGCGCCCAAGCGGAGACAGAGCAGGCCUCGGGCACUGCGGCCCAGGGGAAGGUCUCUGGCUAGCAUCUCUUCUUCCCAAGAGGAGCUGAGCUUUGACUUGGGAAGCAACCGGGAGAAGCGGCCAGUGCAAGCCCCCAGGCAGGCGGGGUCUGAGAAAGGAGCCAGGCAGAUGGCAGGUGGAGAUGGAGUGAGGAAGUAACAGGGAAGGGCUGUGGAGCUGGAAUGUGGGGUGGGAGGACUGGGGAUGAGGUGGGCCUAGGGGCUGUGCCUCCAGCUGGCAGCCCCACUCAGCCAGCCCAAAGCCAGGCUGGCUCCUCCUGGGGCCAAGGGUGGGGGCUUCCGCCAUUCUCCCCCAGGUAGGGGCUGGUGAAAUGAGUCAGCAGGAAGGACUUAGAAGAGGGAGGGAGGUUGGGCUGUUGUCCCGAGGGGCCUCUGACCCCUCUAGGUGCUGGGGUCUCAGCUGGUGAUACGGCAGUGAUGCCCGGAGAGGCCAAUCCCGCAGGCUGAUCACAGCACGGGAAGGGACAUGACCCAGCGUCCAGGCUCCAGUUGCCCUGAGAGCCCAAGAGCCGGAGGGGGGAGGUGGUCAGUGUGCAGUUCUCAGCCUGCAGUGGCUGGGUCUUGCUGGACUGGUAUGUGACAUGAGGAGGCCGGGAAGGGCCAGUGUCAGGGAGGGGGGUGCAUGGUUCUCGUUCCAGGCCUGCAGGGGGUGGUGCCUUGGAGUCCUUGUCCCUCUGCCCUGGAUUGGAGAUUGACCAGGACAGUGGUGAUUCCUAAUCCCUUCUUGUCCAGAGACUCUGGACCUGAUGGUAUGAAGGGCCCUUGGCUACCCCUGGGCACCUCACCCUCAUCCUGUUGUGCAAUAAAUUGCUGACCCACGGAGCCACGA